GUUUGGGGAACAGCACAUGUUAUUUGGUUUGUUCAGAAUUAAAUCGUUCAGGCGUGUUCAGGCAGCUUAGCGGUGGUGAACUACUUUACUCAUUCUGCUCAUUAUAUUGACUCUUCGGAUCAGCAUUAGAGGGGAUGACUGAAGUUGCUUGAUAAUGCAUUGGACAUGUGAGACAAUCAUUCAUAGAUAGAGACCUACUGUAAUAAUAUUGCCAUCAUAUAUAUAUAUAUAUAUAUAUAUAUACAGUAUAUGAAGAUGGAAAACCUCACGCCAGAACAAUGGCGAGAGAUCGUGAACAAGAAGUUCCGUUUCCCGCCGGAGCUCCUCGGUGCCAUCCGCGAGGGGAACAUUCACAUGGUGUCGUCUCUGCUGAAGACGGGUGACGGCAUCAUCCGUCAGCUUGAUGACUCCGAAGACAGACUAUGGAGAGAAGCGUUGAACCUCUCCAUCAGACUGGGCAAUGAGGACACCAUGGACAGCCUCCUCCAAGGCAUCAAGUUUGACUUCCGGCAGAUCCACGAAGCUCUUCUGGUGGCCGUGGAUACCAACCAGCCUCGUGUGGUCAAGCGUCUUCUCGACCGUCUGGAUCUAGAAAAAGGGAAUAAGAUGGACGUCCGCUCCUUCUCUAUGGCUAUAUUUGACCACUCCAUUGAUGAUUCUCAGUUUGCCCCUGGAGUGACACCGCUGACGUUGGCCUGUCAGAAGGAUCUAUAUGAAAUUGUGACGAUGCUCAAACAGAAAGGACACGAAAUCCCAUGGCCCCAUAAAAUCUCCUGCUCUUGUCUGGAGUGCACGAACGGCAGGCAGUAUGACUUGCUUAAGUUCUCACUGUCUCGCAUCAAUACCUACCGAGGCAUUGCCAGCCGCGCUUACCUGUCUAUCACCUCAGAAGAUGCGAUGCUUAGUGCCUUUCGACUCAGCCGGGAUCUACGCAAGUUGUCUAAGAAGGAACCUGAAUUUAAGCCUCAGUACCUCAGCCUUGAGGAGAUAUGCCAGGAGUUUGCCGUGGAGCUGCUGGGAAUGUGCCGGAAUCAAAGUGAGGUCACUACCAUCCUGAACAGCUGCAGCCAUAUGGACGAGGACAGUGAGGAUGAGUUGAACCACCAGGCCUUUGAGGAGGGCAUCCCAAACCUGGCUCGCUUAAGACUUGCUGUCAACUACAAUCAAAAACAGUUUGUAGCUCAUCCGAUCUGUCAGCAGGUGCUCUCCUCCAUCUGGUGUGGGAGUCUUUCAGGCUGGAAGGGCAGCAGAACAACCUGGAAGCUCCUUGUCUCCUUCGUCAUCUUCUUGACCAUGCCCUUCCUUUGCCUCAUCUACUGGAUCGCACCAAAGUCAAAGUUGGGGAAGAUUUUGAAGAUUCCAGUGAUUAAAUUCCUCCUCCAUUCUGCCUCAUAUAUGUGGUUUCUGAUCACGCUUUUGGGGGAAUCCAUUGCCAUGGAGAUUUAUCGGGAAAGCUUUGCCUCUCGGCAUCAGAACAUCCUGCACAACUCCUUCCACAUGGUCUGGGUGGUUGGUUUCUUCUGGUUCGAGUGUAAGGAGGUUUGGAUUGAAGGCUUGAGGUGUUAUUUCCUGGACUGGUGGAACUGUCUGGACAUGAUGGUUCUUAGCAUGUAUCUGGCUUCAUUCGCAUUGAGAGUGGUCAUCAUGCUGAAGGGCAUCUUCCUGUGCGAGUCACCUGAGAGCCACGACGAAUGCAUCUACUUCACAGACACCUUGCGUGACAGAUGGCAUCAGGAGGAUCCGCAGUUCAUCGCUGAGGUGCUGUUUGCAGUGACCAGCAUGCUAAGCUUCACUCGCUUGGCCUACAUUUUGCCAGCACAAGAGUCUCUUGGUACCCUGCAGAUCUCCAUUGGAAAGAUGAUUGAUGACAUGAUGAGAUUUAUGUUUAUUUUGGUGAUCAUUGGAACCGCUUUCCUGUGUGGCAUCAACAACACCUAUGUGCCAUAUGUGAUCUCUCCUAAUCUUGGAAGAUUGAACGAAACCUUUCGUUUCCUCUUCUGGACCAUGUUUGGUGUAGCUGAACAGACUUAUGUGGAUAUGCCUGAGUUUGUUUUGGCUGAGUUUGUUGGCAGGAUCCUCUAUGGCAUCUACACGCUGAUUAUUGUCAUUGUACUUCUCAACAUGCUCAUUGCCAUGAUCACCAAUUCCUUUCAGAAAAUUGAGGAUGAUGCUGAUGUGGAGUGGAAAUUUGCCCGUUCGAAGCUCUAUCUGAGCUACUUUAGAGAAGGACUGACUAUGCCUGUUCCCUUCAACAUCAUCCCCUCUCCUAAGGCCCUUUUCUACCUCUUACGAGGAACUUUCAGAAGGAUCUGCUGCUGUUGUCUCAACUGUAACUCAGCUCCGGAUUAUCCUCCCAUCUCAUCUUUGGAUGACAAGGGCACAGGCGAGGGCCGAAUUUCAUACAGGCAUCAGGUGAUACGCGCUCUGGUUCAACGCUACAUUGAAUCUGCCAGGAGAGAGUUUGAGGAGGCAAAACGCAAAGAUGUUGGAAACAGAAUCACAGAGCUGAGCAAAGUGGUUGUCCGACUCCACACGGAAAUGAAGCAGAUAAAUUCCGGCCUGCUGGAUUACUCCGGCAACACCUCAGCAGGUCCAUCAGAGGGCUCUUCUUUCCUGGGGAAGUACAUUGUCGGAGCCAAAAACAACUUCAAGGACUUCAGCACCGAGAGAAAGCCUGCUCCUCUGACCACUCCUGUUUACCACGAAGAGCAAGAAGACGACCCAGAGGAAACCGGUAGAGAUGGAGAAACCACGGACACACAGGAGUCUCCAGCCUGUGACACAGAGGAAGAUAAAGAGUCAACUGAAGAGCAGACCAGUGAGGGAGGAAUAGAUAAUGUUAUAGAGGAACACACAGUAGACAUUGAUGAGACAGAUGGAAAUGAUGAAGACGUUCAGAUUAGUGUUGAAAACAAUACAGACAGUGAGCAAACAGAGGAUAAAAAUGAGACAGUCAUAGAUAUAGAGACCAAUACAGACACUGAGAGCGAGAGCGAGAGAGACAGCGGAGGAGCAGAUGAGACAGCGAUGAGGGAGGAAGCCACAGAUAACGCAGAGGGAUUAGAAACAGAUGAGGGCUCGGAAACAACAGAUGCAAAUGAAUCAGAGGAAAAUGAAGCGCACACUGUGUGCGAUGCAAGGACAGAGAUGCAGGAGAACGAAGACGGUGAGGGAAAUGAUGGAGGGUUGGAGGAUACCAAUGACAGAUCUCAGUGUGAGGGCAGUGAGGAAAGUGAGGAGAUGAGCAUUGAUCUGAACAAGGGAAGCUUAGUGACUUUUUUGGCAAAGAGGAUAGGGGAAAAAUUGGAGACGAAAGACAUGAAGUUAAUUUUUAGUGGAAAACAAGCAUCGUCGUCGCCAACCGGCAGUGAUGUUUCCCACGACACUGGCUUUGGAUCUCAAUUUGACCUCUCUGCAAACAGCCCUGAAUGACUGGGAUUCGUUCUUCCCAGUUAGGAUUAGCCCAAAACUAGUUUACACAAAUCAAUCAAAUGGCUGACUUGUUUAGUGUUUUAAGGCAUUAAAAUACUUUAUUAUAUUAGUCAGCCCACAAAUAUUUGGGAGUCACACUCUAUACAUACAGUAGUCUGCUUUGAGAGCAGCAUUAUGGUCCGGUACGUUUCUCAACAUCAUAAUAUUUUGUCACCACAUAAUCAUCAUGAAAUACUAU